CUUCAACGUGGAAUUCGCCAUGGGGGCGGCAGCACCGUUGGCGGCGACGGUGAAAGUCAAGGCUCUGUGUCACGCGCUCUGGCCGUGCGCGCUGUACUUGUGUCUGUCGCUCAGCAUGAAUAUCUUCACCAAGACCAUCAUCACCACGUACAACUGGAACGCCGUGUACUCACUGGCCGCGAUCCAGCACCUCUUCACCGUUGUGCUGGUUUCCGCUGCACACAAGCUGCACCUGAUCACGCUUCCGUCCAUGUCUGCCUCGUGCUUCUUUCGGACGGCACUGCCCAUGGCGGCCUUGCACUCGGCCAACAACAUUGUCGGGUUCAUGUGCAUGGGCCUCGUCAACAUGCCCAUGUACCUCGUUCUCCGCCGGUUGACUACGUUCAAGGUGAUGCUACUGGAAAUCCUGUGGCGCAACCAAGUCAUUCCGGAUGCGAUGAAGGCGUCGUUGCUGCUCGCCGCCGUGGGGAGUCUUGUCGCCGGGUUCAACGACGCCACGUACAACGGCUACGGCUACGUCCUUGUCGUCGCUCAGAAUUGCUGCACCGCCAUGAACCUCAUCCUCGCCAAGCAGUCGAAUCUGUCGCCGCUCGCACUCGUCUACGUCCACAGCACGGCCGGCUUGGCGCUCUGCGGCCCCGUCGCGCUCUUCUUGGAGCGAGAUCGCGUCACAGCAUUCUUCUCAACGCUGACCGACAUACCGUCCUUCUGUGGCUUGUUUGCCUCGAUGAGCGUUGUCUGCUUGAUGUACCAAGUCGCGAUCCAUCUCUGCACCGUCCGCACGUCACCGUUGGCUACGUCCGUGACAGGCAAUAUCAAGGACCUCGCGUCGACCGCCGCGGGUUACCUUUUGUUUGCGGACGUCGUCGUCACGCGGUGGAAUGUCAUGGGGGUUGCGCUCUCGUUUGUGGGGGCGUACGGAUUCUCCUACACCAAGUACCACAUGCUGUUUGCCCCGACGUCCGCCGUGCUGCGCCCGUGGUGGCGCCCGACUUUGUCAAAACGUCCGCCCGCCUUGCCAGCCAAACCCAAAGCGUUCUAACCUUGCCGCAAUAAUCGUUUUCAUUC